CCGUUCAAACGCCGAUGGCGGGAGCGGCGAGGCGGGUCGUUGUGACGGGCGGUCGCUGAAGAAGGUCGGGGUCCUCGCUUCCGAGGAGGCGGCGGGCGCUGGGAACUGGGAGCGAGUUCUAUCUUACCGGAGCUGGGGUUUUUUUUUGGCCGAUAAACGAUGCUAAAAUUUAAAUAUGCAACACCCCCUCCAGCAGAACUGGGCACAAUGGACUCUAUUGCCAGCCGGGCUUCUCGCCUUAACUUGCUUCUUCAGGGGAAGUUGCCAUCCCUGGCAAAACAGCAGAUGUCUCCAUUCUCCAGAGAAGGAAUUCUGGACUCCCUUAUGGUGCUAUAUGAGGAAAGCAGAAAUCCUCUGCGGAUGGAAACCAAACACGCGGGCAAUUUUUUAAAGAAGCAUUCAGAUUCAAUAACGGAAUUCCGGGAACUUCAACCCAGCCUGAAAGAUUUUGAAAUCCGGACUCUGAUCGGAUGUGGCCGUUUUGCCGAAGUCCAGGUGGUGAAAGAGAAAGCAACGGGUGACAUUUACGCCAUGAAGGUGAUGAGCAAGGAGGCGCUGCUGGCGCAAGAGCAGGUAUUCUUUGAGGAAGAGAGAAAUAUACUGUCCCAGAAUGCCAGUCCUUGGAUCCCGCGUCUCCACUACGCAUUCCAGGAUAAAAAGAAUCUUUACUUGAUUAUGGAUUAUGAGCCGGGAGGAGAUCUACUCUCACUCUUAAACAGAUACGAAGAUCAACUGGAUGAAAGCGCCGUAGAGUUUUAUCUCGCAGAAUUAGUUUUGGCCAUUCAUAGCAUCCAUCAAAUGGGUUAUGUGCAUCGAGACGUUAAGCCAGCGAAUAUCCUCAUCGACAGAACAGGGCACAUCAAGCUGGUGGAUUUUGGGUCGGCUGCCAAAAUGACGGCGGAUAAAACGGUGGAUGCCAAGAUACCUGCUGGCCCUCCUGACUAUAUGGCCCCAGAGGUCCUGAGUGUUUUGAACAACGGCAAAGCUUCCUAUGGCUCAGAAUGCGACUGGUGGUCUCUAGGGGUGGUUGCUUAUGAAAUGACCUACGGGAAAUCGCCGUUUACCGAAGGGACCUCAGCCAAAACGUCCAACAACGUCAUGAAUUUUCAGAGGUUCUUAAAAUUCCCGGAGGAUGUCAAGGUCAGCCACCAAUCUCUCGAUCUGCUGCAGAGUUUACUGUGUGGGCCGAGAGAACGGUUGGACUACGAAGGUCUGUGCUGCCAUCCGUUCUUCGCCAACGUUGACUGGAAUGCCAUCCGUAACGCUCGCCCUCCCUUCGUACCUGUCGUCCAGUCUGAAGAUGAUACGUCUAAUUUUGAUGCCCGGGAGACCAACGCCGGCAUUGCUUCCUCUCGCAGCCAGCUGAGCUCUACGGCUUCCCACGGAGGAGGAGGAGGAGAAGCGUUGCCUUUCGUGGGGUUCUCCUUCAUCAAGGCUCUCGCCGUCCUCCAGUUACAGUCUGCUUUGCGGUCGGAUUCUCCCGCGAAAAUUAGCUCCAUGGAAAAGACACUCCUUUUUAAGAGCAAAGAGCUACGAGACACCCAGGAUAAGUGUCACAAGAUGGAGCAGGAAAUGACGCGCCUGCAUCGCAGAGUGUCAGAGGUGGAGGCUGUGCUCAGCCAAAAGGAGGUGGAACUGAAAGCCUCCGAGACGCAGCGAUCCCUCCUGGAACAGGACCUGGCUACUUACAUCACAGAAUGCAGUAGCUUAAAGCGAAGUCUGGAACAGGCGCGGAUGGAAGUGUCUCAAGAGGACGACAAGGCACUGCAGCUCCUUCACGAUAUAAGAGAGCAAAGUCGCAAGUUGCAGGAAAUCAAAGAACAGGAGUACCAAGCUCAAGUGGACGAAAUGAGAUUGAUGAUGAAUCAGCUAGAAGAAGACCUCAUUUCUGCUCGCCGACGCAGCGAUCUUUAUGAAUCGGAGCUCAGGGAAUCUCGACUGGCCGCCGAAGAGUUCAAGCGAAAAGCCACCGAAUGCCAUAACCGGCUCCAGAAAGUAGUUAAGGUUAAAGACCAAGGAAAAACAGAAGUAGGAGAGCUGUAUUCCAAGCUGGAGAAGAUCAAUGCAGAUCAACAGGUGAAAAUUCAAGAACUCCAAGAGAAGCUGACCAAGGCCAUGAAAGCCAGUUCAGAAGCCACCGAGUUGCUUCAGAACAUCCGCCAAGCCAAAGAGAGGGCCGAGAAAGAGCUGGAGAAAUUGCAGAACCGGGAGGACUCCAACGAAAGCAUGAAAAAGAAAUUGCUGGAAGCCGAGGAAAGACGCCAUUCUCUGGAGAACCAAGUGAAACGGCUGGAAACGGUGGAACGGCGAGAGAACCGACUGAAAGAAGAUAUCCAGACAAAAUCUCAGCAAAUCCAGCAGAUGGCUGAUAAAAUUCUGGAACUGGAAGAGAAACACAGGGAAGCUCAGCUGGCGGCCCAACACCUGGAGCUGCAUCUGAAGCAGAAAGAACAAAUGUAUGAAGAAAGGCUCAAAGUGCUGGAUAACCAGAUGAAGAAAGACCUAGCCGACAAAGAUGCUUUGGAAAACAUGCUGAGGAAGCACGAGGAGGAAGCUCACGAAAAGUGCAAAGUCCUUGCCGAACAGAAAGCGAUGAUCAAUGCCAUGGAUUCGAAGAUUAGAUCUCUGGAGCAGAGAAUCGUGGAACUGUCUGAAGCGAACAAGCUGGCAGCAAACAGCAGCCUGUUUACUCAGAGAAACAUGAAAGCCCAAGAAGAGAUGAUUUCUGAGCUCAGGCAGCAGAAAUUUUAUUUGGAAACCCAGGCCGGGAAAUUGGAGGCGCACAACAAUAAACUGGAGGAACAAUUGGAAAAAAUCAGUCACCAGGACCAUACUGAUAAGACUCGCCUGCUGGAGUUGGAGACGAGGUUAAGAGAGGUGAGCCUUGAACACGAAGAGCAAAAAUUGGAACUGAAGCGACAGCUUACCGAACUUCAGCUCACCCUCCAGGAGAGGGAAUCCCAGAUUUCAGGAUUGCAGGCGGCCCGGUCAGCCCUGGAAAGUCAACUCCGGGAAGCUAAAACCGAAUUGGAAGAGACCACGGCUGAAGCCGAAGAAGAGAUCCAGGCGCUGACGGCCCAUAGAGACGAAAUCCAGCGUAAAUUUGAAGCCCUUCGUAAUAGCUGCACAGUGAUUACGGACCUAGAAGAGCAGCUGAACCAGCUGACCGAGGACAACGCUGAGCUGAACAACCAGAAUUUCUUCCUCUCCAAGCAGUUAGACGAAGCUUCGGGGGCGAACAACGAGGUGGUUCAGUUGCGGAGCGAGGUCGACCAUCUCCGUCGUGAGAUUACGGAACGGGAGAUGCAGCUCACCAGUCAAAAGCAAACCAUGGAGGCCUUAAAGACUACCUGUACCAUGCUGGAGGAGCAAGUGAUGGACCUGGAGGCCCUGAACGACGAGCUCCUGGAGAAGGAGCGCCAGUGGGAGGCGUGGAGAAGUGUUCUGGGAGACGAGAAGACCCAGUUUGAGUGCCGCGUACGGGAACUCCAGAGAAUGUUGGACACGGAGAAGCAAAGCAGGGUGCGAGCCGACCAGCGAAUCACGGAAUCCCGCCAAGUCGUGGAGCUGGCGGUUAAAGAACAUAAAGCAGAGAUCUUGGCUCUCCAGCAAGCAUUAAAGGAACAGAAGCUCAAAGCUGAGAGUCUGUCUGACAAGCUAAACGACUUGGAGAAGAAGCACGCUAUGCUGGAGAUGAAUGCCCGGAGCUUACAGCAGAAGCUUGAAACGGAACGCGAACUCAAACAGAGGCUUCUGGAAGAGCAAGCCAAGCUGCAGCAGCAAAUGGAUUUGCAGAAGAACCACAUCUUCCGGCUGACUCAAGGCCUGCAAGAGGCUUUGGACCGGGCCGAUCUUUUGAAGACCGAAAGGAGCGAUUUGGAAUACCAGCUGGAAAAUAUUCAGGUCCUGUAUUCCCACGAAAAAGUGAAAAUGGAAGGCACAAUUUCCCAACAAACCAAGCUUAUAGAUUUCCUCCAAGCGAAGAUGGACCAGCCAGCCAAGAAGAAAAAGGGCCUGUUUAGUCGACGGAAAGAGGACCCUUCUUUGCCCACACAGGUUCCUCUGCAGUACAAUGAGCUGAAGGUGGCGCUGGAGAAAGAGAAAGCCCGCUCGGCGGAGCUGGAGGAAGCCCUGCAGAAAACGCGCAUCGAGCUCCGAUCGGCUCGGGAGGAAGCUGCCCAUAGGAAAAUUACAGACCACCCUCACCCAUCUACGCCUGCCACGGCCAGGCAGCAGAUCAUCAUGUCUGCCAUAGUUCGGUCACCAGAACACCAGCCCACGCCCAUCAGCCUGCUGGCACCUCCCUCCAGCCGCAGAAAGGAGGCCUCCACGCCAGAGGAGUUUAAUCGGCGCCUUAAAGAACGCAUGCAUCACAAUAUUCCUCACCGUUUCAACGUGGGACUGAACAUGAGAGCUACCAAAUGUGCCGUUUGCUUAGACACUGUGCACUUUGGACGCCAGGCUUCGAAAUGUCUUGAAUGCCAAAUGAUGUGCCAUCCCAAAUGUUCCGCCUGCUUGCCGGCCACUUGUGGCUUGCCGGCUGAAUAUGCCGCCCACUUCUCUGAAGUCUUCUGCCGGGAUAAAUUGAAUUCUCCUGGCCUGCAGCUAAAAGAACCCGGCAGCGCUUUACGGCUGGAAGGAUGGAUGAAGGUGCCCAGAAAUAAUAAACGUGGCCAGCAAGGCUGGGAUAGGAAGUACGUCGUUCUAGAAGGAACUAAAGUCCUUGUUUACGACACGGAAACGAGAGAAGCUGGACAACGGCCCGUGGAAGAGUUUGAAUUGUGCCUUCCAGAUGGAGACGUUACUGUCCAUGGAGCCGUGGGAGCGACCGAGCUUCUAAAUACAGCCAAGACAGAUGUGCCAUAUAUAUUGAAGCUGGAAUCUCAUCCCCACACCACCUGUUGGCCUGGCCGGACGCUCUAUUUGCUGACGCCCACUUUUCCGGAUAAGCAGCGUUGGGUGAACGCCCUAGAAUCUACCGUGGCUGGAGGAAGAGUUUCCAGAGAAAAGGCAGAAGCCGAUGCUAAACUCCUUGGGAAUUCUCUCCUGAAGCUGGAAGGCGAAGACCGUUUGGAUAUCAACUGCACUUUACCCUUCAGCGAUCAGGUGGUCCUGGUGGGCGCUGAGGAAGGACUUUACGCCCUGAACGUGCUAAAGAAUUCCUUAACGCACGUCCCCGGGAUUGGUGCUGUCUUUCAAAUCCACCUCAUCAAGGACCUAGAGAAACUGCUCAUGAUUGCAGGAGACGAAAGGGCGUUGUGCCUUGUGGAUGUGAAAAAGGUGAAGCAGUCCCUCGCUCAAUCCCACCUCCCGGCUCAACCUGACGUGUCGCCCAAUAUUUUUGAGGCCGUGAAAGGCUGCCAUCUUUUUGCGGCUGGCAAGAUCGACAAUGGGUUGUGCAUCUGUGCGGCCAUGCCCAGCAAAGUCGUGGUGUUGCGUUACAACGAGAGCCUCAGCAAGUACUGCAUCAGGAAGGAGAUCGAAACCUCCGAGCCGUGCAGCUGUAUCCAUUUCACCAAUUACAGCAUCCUCAUCGGGACCAAUAAGUUUUACGAAAUCGAGAUGAAGCAGUACACCCUAGAAGAAUUCCUGGAUAAGAAUGACCACACCUUGGCAUCCGCUGUGUUUGCAUCCUCCAACAAUAGUUUCCCAAUCAACAUCAUCCAGGUGAACCCAGCAGGGCAGCGGGAAGAGUAUCUGCUGUGCUUCCAUGAAUUUGGCAUUUUUGUAGACUCCUACGGAAGACGCAGCCGCUCGGAUGACCUGAAAUGGAGCCGCCUGCCUUUGGCAUUUGCCUAUCGGGAACCGUACCUGUUCGUGACCCACUUCAACUCCCUGGAGGUGAUAGAAAUCCAAGCACGUGCCUCUCUCGGCAUCCCGGCCCGAGCCCACCUGGACAUCCCGAGCCCUCGUUACCUGGGCCCGGCAAUCUCUUCCGGAGCUAUUUACCUGGCCUCUUCGUAUCAGGACAAACUGAGAGUCAUUUGCUGCAAAGGGAAUUUGGUGAAAGAAUCCAACAACGAGCAUCAUCGGGGCUCCUCCACCACUCGCAGCAGCCCAAACAAGAGAGGCCCGCCCACGUAUAACGAGCACAUAACCAAGCGGGUAGCGUCGAGCCCAGGACCCCCGGAAGCUCCCAGCCACCCUCGCGAGCCAAGCACACCGCACCGCUACCGAGAAGGACGGACAGAGCUACGGAGGGACAAAUCCCCAGGGCGACCCCUGGAGAGGGAGAAAUCUCCCGGAAGGGUGCUCAGCACCCGCCGAGAAAGGUCCCCAGGAAGACUGUUUGAGGAGAGCAGUAGGGGGCGAAUACAAGUGGGGGGCGCCCGGACCCCCCUCGCCCAGGUCAACAAGGUCUGGGACCAAUCUUCAGUAUAAACGUCACAAGCCUCCACCCUCCCACCCGGAACUCCUAGGAGAACAACACAAAAAAUAUCCAGAAUUAGGUGCACCACCCAAUCCACCCUCACCUCCCCCCCCCCCCCAAGUAACUCCACUGGGCUCAAAUUCAUUCCGGCAACGACGUUCAAUCCUGGAGGAUUGAAGCUCGCGGCAAGGAUCGCCUUGCACUUCAGUGGGAUGUUCCCACUUCCACCUUCCUGUCCCGCCCUGGGGGGGGAGGGUGUCUCCUUUUUCUUUCUCCCCCCCCCCAUCCUGGUCCCUUGGGGAGGGGGGGCGGGGAAGGGUCACUUUGUAUUAACUGCUCCUUUCAAAGCAGUUCCUUGAUUUUUCUAUUUCUCUUUUACCCAUCGGUCGUCCCGACGGGGAAUGGGGGCUUUUUUGCCCCAAGACUUGAGGAAAAACAAAACGAUAAAAACGUGGCUGUCCGUUUAUUUUGGGGGGAAAACAGCCUUAUAUAGCCAGCAACGGUCCGCGGGUGUCUCUUGUCUGCUCCCCAGUGUUCAAUUCUCUUCCGCUGCAGAGCUCUAGCAAAAUCUUUCAGGCGACGGAGUGAAUCCGUGGCUUCCCAGAAUAUUAUACAGUAUAUAGAUAGAUAGAUAAGAUAUUUUUUGCAGGGGGGGAAUUUGACCGUUCCAAAUCCAAAUUGAACACGACACCAAGAUAACGUAGCUGUCAGCGCAGCUUUUGUGGUUUUGCCGGGUUGCAGGGAAAAGAAAUGACAUGUUUAAUGAUUUCACACACACACAUCCGCCAUCGAUGAAACCUGCCCACUUGGUCUCUCGCCCUCUGCAUUCAAAGUCUCCCGGGGAGAGGGGGGGGUCUCGAUUGCCCCGUCCACAAACACAGACACCCACCCACACAAACGCACAGAGCCAGGCCUCCGCCCUCUCCCCAGGCUUCCUGCAUGGCGAUUUCCCCCCCGCAUGCUUCCUGCGCCGCCGUCAACUUGACCGCAGCCUCCUCUUUCAGUUGCUUUGCUCGAUAUUGUAUAGCUCGUAAUUUUCCCGUGUUCGAAAAUACCGAAGCUUUUUUUUCUUCUUCUUCGAGACGAUGCUGCAACCGAGAACCAUUCCUUGUGGACCUGGGAGGUGGGGUGGGGGAGACGGGGAGGUGCGGGGUGGGUGGGGGUGGGGAGAGAAACUGGCACCGGAGGAAAUGGGACGGUUCUCGAGACCACCGCUGCAACUGAGCCCACCGAGGCAGGGUGGAUCAUCCCACCCACCCCCGAAGCCGGCACAGGAGGAUCGUUCAGGCCCACCCGCUGAAUGAGAUGCCAGCCAACGGCCCAGCGGAGGAGAUGCUGCCUUUCCCCCACAUACACACCGGGAUCGGCGGGGAAAGAAAGAGCCGAAAAGCCGUGGCCAAAAGGAGCGAGGAACGUCACAGAAAGAGAAGGGGGGGGGCUUUGUGCCAUCCAGAGGAGAGCCAGCCCCCCCGACUCCUCACUUUUGGGAAAAAGGAUGCGGGCAACAAACCAGCUGUGGCUCUUCCUUCUGCCACCACAGUCCCGUUUCUCGCUUCUCAUUCUCGGCUCUCGCUCAGUACCGACACACCGUUGUGAGCCGCAAAUUUGCUUUCUAGUGUUCUAGGGUUGCUGUUUGUUUUUUUUGCUCCCAGCUGGCCAGAACAAAUUCACAUGUGCCUCCGCCGGUUCCUUUGGGCACCACCACCUCCUUCCCAGUGCCGCCCUACGGAGAGCCCCCCCCCAUCUCUCCCGCUUCAUCGGUGCCCUUCGGGUUUUGUGGAAGGGGGGGCGCUGCUGUGGAGAAACAGGGUCAGGACGAUUGGAUUCUCCGGCGGUUUGUCAGGAAACGUGCCGGGAUUUCCGACCACUGGAAGUCCCGAGAGCUCUUUUAAGGCCUUUGCAUCUCAAGGGGAAAGAAAAACAAACAAACAAAAAAACCUCCACUCCUCCUGGUUAAUACUACUACUACUACUACUACUACUUACUACUUAAUAAUGAUAAUCCCUCAUUACCUGAAAACUCGGCUUGUCGAGUCCUCGAAAGUGUAUACUGCGUGUCUUGUUUGUGAAAAUGCUUCCUGCUAUAGAAUAGCUUCUGAACACUGUACAUAUUUACAAGAAACUUUAUAUUCGUAAAAAAGAAAAAAAAAGGAAUCAAAUCAGUUUCUACUUUUUUAUUGUAAAAGCGUGGAGUUUUUUUUUUCUGUUGUUUUUUUUGGGGGGGAGGGUGUCCUCCUCAAACCACUAGACCUUUGAAAAUUUUGGAAAGGGGUCUCGGGCUGUACCCCGAAGCUGUCCCGUCCCCCCACUUUAAUCUGGCGGGUUCCCACCAGCAAAAUACCCUCCCUUCUCUUGGCAAGCCACCGCUCGGUAGGAACGUCAAAGAAGGCUUUAAGGCGUGUCCACCAGGUCGGCGUAGCUUUUUACUUUGCCUUUUUAUUAUCCCAGACCAGGAAAAAGGAAAAAGCUCGCACCCCUCCUGUUCUGUCCCCUUCCCCACUUCAGACCCACGAGCUGGCCUUCAGCCAGUGGAUUCACGGCUCUUAUCAGUCCUGGCAGAGAAAUCGCAGCUGCCUGCCAAAGUUCAAACAAAUGACUCGCGUAGCAAGACUUUCAGCUCUCUUUGAAACGGUUCAGCUAAACUUUUGCUUCCCGUGGAGUGAGAGCAGUCCCAAAGCUCCUUAUAUAUCCUGUGGAGUGGGGCUCCUGCCCCACCCUUCCUUUUGAUGACGCCGCCUCUCUAAUCUUCUGAAGCGCGGGUCAAGCCAAGCUUGAUUAUUAUUAUUAUCAGCUGGGUCUGAAGGCGUAGCCUGGGGAAAGGAGGAAUCAGGGGAUGACGGCCUCAUUACGUCCUCCGACUGGUCUGGUUUUGGCUCCUGGAGCCGAGCCAAAGGAAUCGGUGCUCCCGAGGUAAGCCUUACCGGCCCUUUCCCCUCACUUUCGGGCAUGGGGCCAGGUUCGGGGGCUGGAGUCACAACACCUCCUUUGAAAUGUUAUGGAACUUCUUGUCGAGAG